UCGAAGAUGAAGAACUCCUUUGAGCUUACUGUUCUAACCAGCCCAAAGAUGCAGAAGAGAGGAUCAUCGUCAUCAGCCGGAGGUGCCUACCAUGGAGGAGAUCCUCCGCUGCAAGGUCGUAUCCAAGCAGUGGCUGUCUCUAAUUCAAAGCCCUUGUUUCUCAGCGGCUUAUACUUGUCACAAGAUGAAGGAGAUGGCGGUCGCAGCUGACAACAGCAGCCUGGUCCUGAAUACCAACGGUCGCGAAACAGCCUCAAUCUUGACCAGCCCCAACAUCCACAGCGGCAAUCAUAGCAGCCGGCUGAGCAACUUCUCCAUUGAUUUCCUUCCCUACCAAUCCUACGAAGACAGCUUGCAAUACUUUGAGCUGAAGGUUACCGAUAUAUACACCGCCGACCAAAACCUCUUUCAACUAAGCCGUGUUGACCGGUGCCGUUUCAGCUGCCGGAGCCCCACUCGGACCCAAGUCUCAACUACGAGGACCGCACUGGCCGACGGAGAUUCAGGCACCACUACAACCACGUCGUCGGCUCCUCCAACGGCUUGCUUCUCUGCUCGCCUUUCCCCGGCUACCCAAACAUGUACGCCAUCUGCAACCCUCACACCAAGCAGUGGUACCCGAUUCCGAUUCCGCCCCCCCGAUUUCUCCAUCCUCGCCCACAUCGGCUUCAUCGUCCUCGACGACGACGAUCGCUCCUUCAUCAUCGCCCGGAUUCCCCUCAGCAUGGCCCCGCGCCGAACCCAGCUCGACCUGGAAGUCCUGUCGUCCCAAUCCGCCGAGUGGACCGCCAAAUCGGCUCCCCUGCCACGCCCGCUGCUCUGCCCCGACCCUGACUACUCAUUUUUCGACGACGGCAGCGUCAAUCUCGCCGUCAAUCUACACAACCGAUGGCUCUGCUGGAUGCUCGGGGGAAAGCAGCAGGUGGUGCUCUACGACGCCGUCAACGGUGUGGUGGAUUGGGUGAUUGAGCCUCCACGGCGCACACUAGACGGGAUUUGCGUCAGCCAGGGCCGCUUGUGGGCUGCCAGCCUCUACGGUUCAACACUCACCGUCUUCGUGGCUGAAAAUCUACCACCACCAUCUCCAGAUCUGAAUCAGCAGCAACGGAAACCAUAUUUCAAGCUGAUAAACAGGGUUAGUUUGACUGGUCCAUGGGACUCGCUGAACCCGUUCAUAGCUCAACAUUUCGGCAGGCCAGAUAAUCCAUACAUGAACAAGAAAAUCCGCAACAUGAUCCAGGGGCCUGCGCUCGGGGAUGUCUUCCUAACUAUGAACCCACAUGAUUCCAAUCAGGUCUACCUUACUUUCCACGCCAGUUUCCUCGCCCUCUUCCACAUAACUCAACGAACCCUCAAGUUGCUUGGAGGACAAGGAAGCUUAGGCACCAGAUACCACCUCUUCAUAUGUGACAACCCCUCCUGGCCAACUCCACUCCCCACCCUUCACUUUCCUCCUGCUUCAUCUAGAUAGAGAGGCCAGCUACGCAGUUGGCUUCACGAUGACUAGUUUAUACAUUCAAAUCAACAACGUUUCAUAACAUUGUUUGGUUAUUGAUGAACCGUUGGUUAUUGAUGAACGAUCGGUUCGUCCAUCACGUAAUCGUACGAACUAAAACUAAAAUAAACUGAAAUACUGAUU